CGCUGGCCAGGAACCUAAUAUUCUCUCCUCUUAGCUAAGUGGGCAUGGCUCGAAUCACUCCAUAUAUUGUUACCUUACCUCUUUGUUAAUAUUAUUAUCAAGCGACCUCCUCUUCUCUUCAUUAUAUCCUCCAGGCCUGUAACGACGGCCUCGCUUUCCUCCUACCGGGUUUUCGGCAGACACCGCUCUUCUUGGUACAGUGUUGCAUCCACUUGUCAGACUCUACCUAGUCAGACUGCUCGCGUGAUCAUGGGCUAGAAAGCUAAUAUGGGUCCGAUUCAGUACCAAUAUCUCUAGAACUUUAUCCCCCCGCCCCUGUUAUAAGUCGGCUCGUACUCCCAUCGUGUUCCUCAUCGUCAGCAAUAGAUCUAGAUCGCCAUGGUUACCCCCGAGCUUCGACCACGGAAGCAUGACUCGCCACUCAAGCACACAGCUGCUUCAAAGGAACAGCUCCCAAAUUACCAGGAUGCGGAGCCACGUUUGAAACAUGGCAUCGCAAUGCAGCUUCUCCGCUCCCUACUCCUGGCAACAUGGUUCAACUGCUGCUGCGUUGCCAUUCUAGCGACCCAGAUCAUCGGCUCCCCGCUAUACGUGAUCAACAAGGAUUGGUACUACUCGUACAUGGCAUACACAAAGCAGUCCUUCGGGUUGGUCAUCACGGCUCUUACUCAGUGGGGUUGCCCUACCUUUGUGCGAGUCAGUGGGGACAAGAGUGUCCGGGGUCAGAUUCACAUCGCAGAGGAUGGACGCCUGAAGACACAAUUCCCGGAGCGGCUGGUGUUGAUUGCCAACCAUCAGGUGUAUACGGAUUGGAUAUAUCUUUGGUGGGUGGCAUACACGAACGCGAUGCACGGUCGCAUCUUUAUCAUCUUGAAGGAAUCUCUCAAGUAUAUCCCUAUCAUCGGCCAAGGAAUGACCUUUUACGGCUUUAUCUUCAUGGCUCGCAAAUGGCUAUCUGACAAACCCCGCCUACAACAUCGCUUGGAGAAGUUAAAGACUCAGCACACGGGAUCUCAGUCUGGGUCCCCGCAGUAUGACCCAAUGUGGCUAUUGAUUUUCCCCGAGGGCACGAACCUCUCCAUCAAUACCAGACGACGGAGCGUGGAGUAUGCGAAGAAGCAGGGACUGUCUACUUUGAAACAUGAGAUUCUUCCCCGCUCCACUGGUCUGUUUUUCUGUCUACAGCAGCUGCGAGGGACUGUGGAAUGGGUCUAUGACUGCACCGUAGCUUACGAAGGACCUCCAAAGGGCAGCCUUCCCGACAAGUACUUUACUCUCCGGUCUACUUAUCUGCAAGGGCGACCGCCGACCUCUGUCAACAUGCAUUGGAGACGGUUUGCGGUGUCCGAGAUUCCUUUGGAUGAUCAGCAAGAGUUUGACUCGUGGCUCCGGGAACUUUGGACCGAGAAGGACCAACUGCUUGAGGAGUACUAUGAAACAGGGAGAUUUCCGUCCGAAUUGGCUGGCUCCAUCGAGGUCAGCCAUAAACCGGAGGAGCGGAGAACUGCCGCGGCUGCAGGGUAUGCUGAGACGCAUGUGCGAUUGCGGCACUGGGCCGAGGUUGGGCGGAUCUUCAUGGUGCUGCUCCUUUCACCUCCGAUCAGUCGCAUCUCCCCCUCGGUCCCCAUCUACAAUACAUUGCUAAAGGCACUUCCCGCGCAAGCCAUGGCGGCCCUCCAAACUGGUCACGCCAAUGGCACGAACGGCGAUUCUCUUCCGGCCGCCAACGCGGUGCCCAAUCUUCGUUUUUCUGACAUUCCCUCCGCCAUCGACAUUCCCGCGUCCACCCUCGACAGUGAAGUCGAGGUUAGUCUGGAGAUACUUCCGGAUGACCCUACCGAGCUCUGUACCCUGCUUGAGAACGAGAAAGCGGCUAAGAAUUUCUGGGUCACAAUCGCUCUGGCGUACGCCAAGCAGAAGCAACUGGAUCAUGCCAUCGACAUCCUAAACAAAGGCCUCGCUUCGGUCGCUCAUGGAGCCACCAAGGAGAAACUCGGCCUGCUGGGAUGGGUCUGCUGGCUGUUGAUGCUUAAGAGCCGACAAGCCCCCCGCGUCGCACCCGAGGGAGAAUUGUAUACUGAGGCCAAAACGAAGGACCAUUAUCUCCAGCUCGCGACGUCGACCCUGAACGAGGCCUCACGACUGAACCCGGCCUUUCCCCCUCUGUUCCUGGCGCGAGGUGUCCUGUCGCUGCUGCGCGCUUCGCUACAUCCGCCACGCCCUGUUCGUCCCGGGACAGUCGAUACCUCCGAGAGGGUGGAGUCACUGCGGCAAGCCCUCAAGUGUUUCGAUGAGUCGUCCAAGGCCUUCGGCGGUCGGAAUGUAAUGGCUAUCCUUGGACGCGCGAGGACGCAGUACCUGCUUGGGCGAUAUGCCGAGGCCCUGGAAGGCUAUCAGAAAGUCCUGAUGAAGAUGCCCGGUUUGAUCGAUCCCGACCCGCGCAUCGGUAUCGGUAGUUGUUUGUGGCAGUUGGGCUUCAAGGAACAGGCAAAGGCUGCUUGGGAGCGGUCUCUGGCAUUGAACCCCGACUCGAAGGUCGCCAACAUUCUCCUUGCAGUAUACUAUCUCUACGACAGUUCACGACAUGCUACGACGGACCCAGCUUUCGGUUCGUUGUAUAAGGUGGCAAUGACCCAGUACACGCAGAAGGCAUUUAAGCUGGACAAGGAAUACCCUAUGACAUGUUCUUUGUUUGGCGGCUAUUUCCUUCUCAGGAAGUCAUAUGCCACGGUCGAGACGCUGGCCCGCAAGGCCAUCGAACACACUGAUGUGAUGCAGAUUGCUAGCGAUGGCUGGUAUCUGCUUGGCCGAAAAUCCCAUUACGAAGGCGACUUGACACGCGCGGCGGAGUACUACAACCGCUCUGACCAGGCUCGUGGUGGCGGUGAGAAAGGGUACCUCCCCGCCAAAUUUGGCACAGUGCAGAUGCAAGUGUCCAGCAAAGACUAUGACGGAGCUAAAUUCCGGCUUGAGAAGAUCAUUCAGCAAACAAAGAACGCCGAAUGCAUGGUGCUCCUCGGCGCGCUCCAUGCGGAGGAAGUCUUCGCAGUGCAGGCAAGUGGCAGUAAGGAAGACAAGACGGCCGAAAUAAAGAAGGCCAUCAAUCUUUUGGAGUCUGUCCGCGCUCUUUGGAAGGAUGAGAGCAAGAAGAUCUCUCCCGACGAGUCGGUUUUGGUCUACCUAGCCCGGUUGUACGAGCAGACGGCGCCUGAGAAGAGCAUGCAGUGCCUCACCCAGCUGGAAGAGAUGCAGUUGGCGGAAGUCGCCGAGGAGGAGCGUCCUGAAGGCCUCCAGGAUGAAGAGCAAGUCAAGGAGGCUCUCCGCGUCCACCUCCCUCCGCAGCUGCUCAACAACAUGGGAUGCUUCCUGUACCAGGCCGAGAAAGUCGAUCGAGCCCGGGCAAUGUUCCAGACGGCACUAGAUGCUUGCGUUCGUUCGCAGGAGAAGGAGAUCGAGCUCGACACCGAUGCGCUUGUUACCACCAUCAGCUUCAACCUGGGUCGGACCUACGAGGCAGCCGACAUGCCGGAUGAGGCUAAGAAGGUGUACCAAGGCCUAUUGGAGCGCCAUUCCGAUUACACGGAAGCCAACGCGCGGUUGACGUACAUUGCCCUUCGCCAGAGCCCUACGGAUGAAGGUCCUAAGAAAAUGGCCAAGCUCUACGAGGCUGACUCAACAAACCUCGAAGUCCGCGCCCUGUUUGGCUGGUAUCUCAGCAAGUCAAAGAAACGCGCAGCCAACCUGGCAGAGGACCACGAACAGCGACACUACAAGCAUACUCUGCAAUAUUAUGACAAACAUGAUCGGUACUCGCUGACCGGCAUGGGCAACAUCCACUUGUCGACGGCGCGCGACAUGCGGCGCGACAACGACCAGGACAAAGAAAAGCGCCGCAAGAUGUACGAACGGGCCAUCGAAUUCUUUGACAAGGCGCUUCAGCUGGACCCCCGCAACGCCUACGCAGCGCAGGGCAUCGCUAUCGCGCUGGUGGAUGACAAGAAAGACCACGCCUCAGCAGUACAUAUUUUCUCCAAGGUCCGUGAUACGUUACGAGAUGCGAGUGUCUACCUGAACCUGGGUCAUGUAUACGCGGAGCUGCGGCAGUACACCCGCUCGAUCGAGCACUACGAGGCGGCAUUGUCGAAAGACCGUGCUCGAGACGCGCAGAUUCUGGCCUGUCUGGGCCGGGUUUGGCUGGCCAAGGGCAAGCAGGAGAUGAACCUGCAGGCGAUGAAGACCGCCCUGGACUACGCGCAGCGCGCCCACGCGGUUGCCCCGGGUCAAACCCACCUUGAGUUCAACGUUGCAUUCGUGCAGAACCAGAUCGCCUCGCUCACGUAUGGUCUCCAAGAAACGCAGAAGACAGUCCAGGACGUACAGGAAGCGGCAGAGGGACUUCACCAAGCUGUGGAGACAUUCAACCGGGUGGCCCAAGCGAAGAACCCGCCCUACCCAGCUAGCGCAUUGGAGCAGCGCGCAAACAUGGGCCGAACGAUUAUCAAGCAACUCGAGCGUGCCCUACAGAGCCAGAAGGACUACGAAGAGAAGAACGCCGCCAAACUCCAGCAAGCCCGGGAGGCCCGUGAAGCGGAGAUGCGACGACGGGAGGAAGAAGUCCGCAAGGCACAAGAAGCUGAGCGUGAGCGGAAACAGCGCGUGGCUGAAGAGCGCCACCGAAUGAUUGAAGAAGCGCAGCGACUGGCGGAGCAGCGGGCGGAAGAGGAACGCGCACGCGAGGACGCGGAAAUGACGACAGAGUCAGAAACCGGCACCAAGGUCAAGCGCAAGAAGAAGACGUCGUCAAAACGCAAGAAGAAGCGCAACGAGGACGACUUCAUCAACGACGGUGGCGACUCGCCUGGCCCGGACAGGAGCACGGAGCCCGAAAGCGAUGGCGAGACAGCCCCGAAGAAGCGGCGACGCCUGGAGCGUCGGUCGGGCGGCAAGGCGCAGGGCAAGUACAAGAGCAGCGAGAUGGUGGUGGAUUCGGAUGAUGACGAUGAUGCGGGCAGAUCCGACGGUGAAGAUCAUGAGAUGCGUGAUACUGGGGCGGACGACGACGAGGAAGAGGUGGUACAGCGGCGCCGGGCGAAGGCGACCCGGCGGGUGGCCGAUGAUGACGAUGACGAAGAGGACGAGUUGGCCGUGGCUGGAGGGGGCGCAGGAUCAGGAGAAGGGGCGACGGGGGCCGGGGGCGAGAAUGAGCAUGGGGGCGACGAGGAUGAGGAUGAUGGGCUGUUUAAUGAUGAUGGCGAAGACGCAGAGAUGAAGGAAGAUGAGGAGUGAUCUCUCCUCUCAGUUGUUGGAUGGAGUUGGUUUUCCUUGAACCCAACUGUAGUUUUAUGGGAUUGUGAACUUCUCUUUGUUUCUUUCUUUCCUACUUUCUUCUCUUCCACUGUGUAUUUGAAAAAGAUGGCGUUGCGACUGGAUGUCAAAUUUUCAGAUUCUACUGUUUAUGGGGCCAGGAAUUGGCUAUCAGCAACUGAAACUAUCGCUACACCAAGCGAGGGCUGGGAUGUAUUCUCCUGCGGAUAGGAUAUGGAAUUGCCAUAGCAGUACUCCGUACAACAUGGUAAUAUACGUAAAUAUAUAUCAUGGC